GCGGCUCAUAUAUCAACUAUAAUCGCUAUCCCCAAGUCACCAUUUCGGUUUCCGGACUUGAGUUUGAGGCUCGCUUCGUCAUGCGUCAAGUUGGAUUUCUGAUAUUGUUCCUCGCGGGUGCCGCCUCCUUUGUGACCGGAAGUGACAAUCACAAUUAUUUCACGAACCCAGCCUCCAACAGUGGCGUGAAUCCUGUCUUUACACUGGGUGACAAGCUGCUUGUCUCAUGGAAGACCACGCUUGAUGUGUUCAACGUCUCUAUCUGGCAGCAAAGCUUAGUAGAGACAGGUGCCGCCAGUCAGGGAAAUAUAUUCUCCAAAAUACAUUCUACUGAUCAGGUCACCAACUUCACAUGGGUUGUCCAAGUGUACGGAUUUGAUCUUUCGUACUCCAAUGUCUUUUUUCUCUGGAUCAACCCAGAUGAAAAAGGUGGAUUUGUUUCUACGUACUUCAAUGUCACCAAGCCUACCUCUACUACCAGCACUGCGUCUUUGUCCACAUCCGCAUCUACAUCUCCAUCUACGAACAUGCCAGGCACGGCCAAUAAACCCUCCCCCUCAUCGUCAUCAUCUUUUCCGGAAUCAGCUUCACCACAAACAUCCGAGUUAACCAUGACCGGAAAGAUCGCAAUCGGAAUCGGAAUCGGUGUUGGAGUCCCGAUACUGUGCGCUUUGGGUGCUCUUCUUUGGCUCAAGACAAGAAAAUCCGAUGACAAGAGUGACAAAACCAUAUCCCCGCCAGAAACAAUGCCGCCUUGGAUGGUUAUGCAGAACCAGUAUGGGCCACUAUCGCCACCCAAGGAGGUGCAUGGAUCGAGCCUGAAAGCCUCUUUUGCUGAGUUACCCCACCAGCCAUAUCGGUGAAAGGAAGCACAGGUGAUACGUGUUUUGUUAUGGCC